AUGGCCCUCGGUGUACCUCGCGGUCGACAUGCAAUGGCAAUAAGUGCCGUCUUCACCUGUCUAGCCACCGCGCUCGCAGCAAUCCGCAUAUACACACGAGCCUUCAUGGUGAAACAAAUGGGGUCGGAUGAUUGGACAAUCAUCAUAUCUCUCGUUUUCAGUUGGGCUUUCUUCGGUAUCUUUGUCGGCGAAACCGCCUAUCUCAUGGGAGAGCAUCAAGAACUGAUUCCGUCUGACAUAUUGGAAAAGCAGAUGAUCUGUUUUUGGGCCUCCGUCCCCAUAUAUCAAGCCAGCCUGAUCACCACAAAAGCAUCAAUCCUUUUGCAGUACAAGCGCGUUUUUGCUACGCGGGGAAUGCACAUAGCAAAUUGGAUCCUGAUCGGAUUCGUCGGGGUAUGGGGAACUUGGACGUUCGUUAGUGCGUGGCUCAAUUGCGUCCCAGUCGCAAGAUUCUGGGACCCUACUAUUGAUGGCUAUUGCUUGGAUCAGAAGGCCCUAUGGUUCUCCAAUUCCGCAAUCCAUAUUUUUACCGACAUCGUCCUCCUUAUUUUCCCUAUGCCGGUGCUCAGAAACCUCCAGCUACCACGGCGGCAGAGGCUCGCCCUUAUGGCAGUCUUCGCACUUGGCGCUUUUGUGCUUGUCACCAGCAUCCUUCGUCUGAAAAGCCUUUUGGUAAUAUCAGACUCCGACGAUCCAACCUACGACAACGUAGGAGCAGCAACUUGGUCCGCGAUCGAGUGCAAUGUUGCCAUUAUUUGCGCUUGUCUUCCCGCAACACGUGCCUUCAUCUCAAAGCUUAUCCCCCGUUUCUUCUCAACCGAGAAAAGCAAGAGCACUACAAACCACUACGGCCGAAGUCGGAGCAUGAACUUGCCUGGCUUCCAGGCCUCUGUUGCAGGCGGAAACGAAACCUCACACGGUUAUAGUAUGAAUACGUUUCCAAAACGGUCCGAUAAAGCCAAAGACGGUCUUUCCUCCUCGCCGCCGACGGAGAUCAAAGUCACUACAAAAAUUUCGCAGGAAUCCGUGGUAACACGGCAGCAAGAUGAAUUUUCUAGUCUGAAGGGGCUGAUUAGAGAUUAGAACCUUUCUGUUUGUGUGGUUGUUUCUCUCCUCGGCGCAGGCGACCUUCAUUUCUUUCCUUUCAUUUCUUUCCUUUCCUCCUUCUCUUUUUUUUCUCCCCUUAGUACUUUCUUAUCUCAGCGUUUGAUACCACGAUACCACCAUUUUCAUCUU